UCUUUUAAUGAAGAUUUAGCUUUUGUCACCUUUUCUUCUUCCCCCAAUACCUACAGUCUUUGAAUGCCAAAAGAGCAGGGAGAGAAGGAAAGUUUGAGACAAAGGUAUAUCCCACGCCACCGUCGCCCGGGAAUUAAAAUUUGUACUAAAAGGACGGCAAAAAUGAACGAUCUUUUCUCAAAUUCGUUUAAAAAAUUCCAAGACCUGAAGGAUCAGGUUCAAAUGAAUGACCUUGAAGCUGGUGGAAAAGAGUCUGUUAAUCUCAAUAGAUUUUUCGACGAUGUAGAGAAUGUGAAAAAGGACAUGAGCGAUGUAGAGAAACUCUACAAGAGGCUACAAGAAUCAAAUGAAGAAAGCAAAAUCGUUCAUAAUGCUAAAACCAUGAAAGAAUUGCGAUCCAAAAUGGAUUCUGAUGUAGCCCAGGUUCUUAAACGGGUUAAGAUUAUCAAAGGAAAGCUUGAAGCACUUGAACGUUCCAAUGCAGCUCAAAGGAAGAUCCCAGGUUGCGGUCCAGGUUCCUCUGCUGAUCGAACAAGGACUUCUGUAGUUAGCGGAUUAGGCAAAAAACUGAAAGACAUGAUGGAUGAUUUUCAGGGUUUGAGGGCAAGGAUGAAUGCAGAAUACAAAGAGACCGUUGGCAGGAGAUAUUUCACCGUAACCGGGGAAAAAGCGAACGAAGAUAUGAUCGAGAAUUUGAUAUCGAGUGGGGAAAGCGAAACAUUCCUUCAGAAGGCUAUUCAAGAGCAAGGGCGUGGCCAGAUUCUUGAUACGAUUUCAGAAAUUCAAGAAAGACAUGAUGCUGUGAAGGAGAUUGAGAAGAAUUUGAUUGAACUUCAUCAGAUUUUCUUAGACAUGGCUGCACUUGUUGAAGCACAAGGGCAGCAAUUGAAUGAUAUCGAAAGCCAUGUGGCGCAUGCGAGCUCUUUUGUUAGGCGAGGCACCGAGAAUUUGCAGGAAGCUAAAGAGUACCAGAAAAGCUCGAGAAAAUGCACUUGUAUUGCUAUUAUUCUCAUCAUAGCGGCCAUUCUCCUCCUCCUUUUCCCAAUUUGGUCACAAUUUUUGCUUCAUCUGUAGAAAAAUUCAAGUUUCGAGAGAGACAGAAAAACUUGCUGGCAUUUCAGAAAUCAAGAUCUUUUCGAAUGUAUUGUUGCCUCUCGCAAGAGUUUUCAACUUCUUUUUGACAUUAUCAUCGAUUAGGGGACAUUGUAGACAUUUUUAUAUUUUUGAGUUUUCGUUCUUAGCAUCAGAUUUUCAGUGACUCGUUUGAAAUAUGUCUAAUUCUUAUCA